CCCCGGCGGCGCGGGCCGGGCGGCCGCUGGCGGGCGCGGGGCGCCGCGGCGGCGGGAGGCGCGGCCAUGUCGGCGCUGGCGCGGGAGGAGCUCUCGGCUCUCGCCGCUAUCUACUGCGAGCCGGACGAGUGCGAGGUGCUCGCGGUCUCAGAGACGCAUGGAAUUACAUUUAGAAUUCAAAUCAGCGUGAAAGAACUGCUGGAUACAGAUGUAGUUUUAAAGCUGCUAUUUCACUUACCAGUCAAUUAUCCAUCAAUUCUGCCAGAUAUUUGUGUUAACUCAGACCAGCUUACAAGGGCCCAGUGUAUGGACGUGAAAGAUAAAUUACUUGAGCAAGCAGAGAAACAUCUUUCUGAACCCAUGGUACAUGAGCUGGUUCUUUGGAUACAACAGCAUCUUAAAUAUCUCAUUAGGCAAUCAGCAGCAGUUUGCAACGAAAAAACUACUUUGUCAAGAGGAGCAAGUACAGAGGAUGGUAUCUGGAUGCUCUUUUUGCAUUUAGAUCACAUGAGAGCAAAGGCAAAAUACGUCAAAACUGUGGAAAAAUGGGCUUCAGAUCUAAGGCUGACUGGAAGACUGAUGUUCAUGGGCAAGAUAAUAUUGAUUCUUCUUCAGGGUGACAGGAGCAACAUUAAGGAGUACUUGAUUCUUCAGAAAACUUCUAAGGUAGAUGUGGACUCAAGCGGAAAGAAAUGUAAAGAGAAAAUGAUUAGCGUACUGCGUGAAACAAAAGUACAGUCACAGCAUACAAGGUUUCAGACGUUUGAAGUCAAAGACUAUUCAACUCUGGAUGAGCUACAAAAGGAAUUUGAAGUUGCAGGACUUACAACUCUUUUCUCUGAGUUUGUGCCUCCUCUCUUAAAAUAAAAUUAAAAGAAAACACUGGACUUUUUGACCAAAGCAGCAGUUGACUGUGAAUGCUGAUGGAAGAUAAAAAGACCAAUUUGGCAAACGAUUCCAAAGCUUUUCUGCAAAAAAAAUGUCAAAAGUAGCCAUCCUCCUGCAAGCAACAAAAGGCAAUUCAUGCAUUAAGAAUUGAUGAUGUUUUGACUUUAUAUAUUGAUAACUAUUUCCAGGGAAUGUGGAGUUAGCUGUGAUAUUUGCACACCAAACAUGAAAGACUUGGGUGGGGAGGGUUAUAGUUAAAAGAAUAGUCUUCUUAUUAAACUUUCUUUUCCAAUACCUGUUUUCAUUGUUUUGUUUUUGACUCUCUCUCAUGAUAAUGUUUUCAAUGGCCUGCUAGAAAGCAUGAUUAAUUUUGCUUUCAAAACUUACGUAAGUGUAUUUCUAUAAAAAGCAUAGUGAACACAAAUUUGAGUAUGUGAGGACAGUGUAUGGUUUAUAUCCUCUAAGUGUUCAUCUGCAGACUUUUCUUUCUCUAUUUAUUUGACGCUGUAAAUACUUGAAUGUCAAUUUAAAGAGAAAGGUUGUGUCACUUGGAACCUGAAAAAAAUUUUGAGUGUCUGUUUGAAUAUUAUAGUUUUUGCCCUGAAAGGUGAAAAAAGACCCAAAUGGAGAAUUUAAAUUAAUUAGCUGAGGGAAAGCCAUAUAUUCAGUUAUUUUCAGUUAAAAGAUCUAUGUUGAAAAAUUGUGUGCUGGUAGAAUCUAAGGUCUUGAAAAGAUGCAGAGGCUCUGUCCAUACACCAGCAAGGUCUGGCAAGUAUCGAAAACAGUAAAAGGCUCAUGCAUAUGUGGUGUAAGGAAAAGUGAUCAGUAUCCCUCUGCAGGUCUAUGUGUUGUAAGGUUUUGCCAGAUGGAUUUUAUGUUCUCAGCCAAAUCUAUGGUUUGAAAUUCUCCACUGUUCUGGAAAGAGAAUAAUAAGGUACUUCCGGCACAACUUGCAUCAAAAUCUGAGCCAUUAACGUGUAGCUGGGGCCUUCUCCAACUUGCGUAUAAGUCAUUUGAGUAUUCUUUCUGUUGAUUUUGGGAAUUGGAUUGAAUAGUGAACCUAAUAUGUGAUCUCAAAUUGCAUGUGACUGCAAAAAUAAUUGAAGCAUACAGUUCUGGCUGUCUUUCUUGCUAGAUCAGGUAUAGACUCUUCAACUCUUUCUCACUGAUAAAAGCUAGUGUAAUUAGCUGUUUAAGAAAAGCCAUUUGUAGGGUCAGUGCCUGCAAGUUGCACUUGGAUAUAAACUCAUGCAUUUUCUUGAAUAUUAUUAUCAGAUGCCUUCUUGGUUAACUAUUUGGUCAGAGCUAGCAUUCUGUAGCAUCUGAUUUGGAGAAAAAAAAAGCUAAAGAACAAAGGACACAUGGGUAAGUUACAGUUCUUUUCUAAUCUGUUUAUUCUCUUGCCAAAUGAAGUUGUUCUAAGAAGCUUGAUGAUUUCUGUAUUUCAGGAGCCACAAAAAGCAAUUUAUACAAUGGAUCACUGCCGAAUUUGUUACUUACUAACUUGAAUUGGACAAAUCGGCAAGUCCAGUGUAGGAAGGGAUUACAGUUACUAUGCUUGGCUUGGUGUGCUUUAAGAGAAUUACAAAUCUGAUCAGCCUGAUACUGUUCAGACAGCAAAGAAUAACAUGAAAACUGAUGUCAGCCUGAUUCUGUCAAAGCAAAUGCUUUUGCCUACCCAUCAAUCAGUCACUUAGUUGGAAGGGUAGGAGUAUAUCUUGUUUUCAGACAAGUACACAAUAUUCUUAAAGGUUGUUCUUUUGGAAAGAUGUUGCAGCUGUCUAUUAACUGAUGGUUUGUUUGCAUGUAUUGUAAAAAGAGAUGGGCAAGCCUGUGAGCCCCUGGGGCAAAAAAGUCAUAGAAGCACAGACUAUGGUGCAUAUAUUUCCCUCCAAAGGAAGAGAGAAACAGAAGAAUAAAAUGCAGGGAAAUGAAGCCAGAACUCCUGAGAAUAGUUAGAGUGCACAUAUCAGUGUCUAAGAAGCAAAUACAGUGUAUAAAGCUACCAGAGUCAGACAUUUCACAUGCAAGGAAAACCAAAGUCCACAAAGGGAAAAUGGUUUAACAAAUGAGAAACUAGCCUUGUUGUGGAUAUUGUAUUGUAAAUAUUUCUUUGAACAGCGCAUUUAAUAAAGCCUCAUUUCCUUUGGGUUUGCUUGUGUCUAAGUGCACGUGAAGCCUUUCUUGUAGAGACAUUCAUGACAGUGCUUUUCCAGCUGGAUUCUCCAGUGUCGGAUAUCAAUUAUGUUUGUUCUGCAGCUCUGCAUAACUCAUUAAAGUAUCGAUAGGGUUUUUCUCCUCUGUCUGCUAUCUAUUUUUAUCAAAGUUUCAGGAACUUGGUUUGACACUUUUUAACCUCUCAUUUUGGUUGAAAUGAAUUGUGUUCAAAAGUUCUAAAAAACCCAAAAAAACCAAAAAACCAAAAAAAGAGAACAGUUGUAGUAUAAAUAUAUGCAGGCCCCCUAUGGACAGCACAGCAGCAUAACCAUAGUUUCCUUUGAAAGUUGGGCUAAAAUGAAAGCUGUUGCAAUAGGACUGACUACUUGAAAAAACAAGUUUUAUAAGACAAAACCAAAUUUUGAUUGGUGUUUUUGGAUGCCUUGUCUUAUUAACUGAGAAGAAAACAAGAAAUUGAAAUAGGAGUAAAAAGCCAAACCCAACAUCAGCCUUAUUAGCACAGUUGUUUUUGUAGGAAUACGUCACAUCCAAAGCAUUCAUUGUAAUCCAGAUAACAUUUACUCUGAUUCAAAGAAUGGCGGGCUAAGCUUCAGUGUAAUGGCAUGGGGAGGUAUCCACCAGUGUGCAGGAAUGCAUCACUAGCUGUUUCAAGCAGGUUUGUUAGGGAGAGGCACAUGUUCACUUUUUCUGCUCCUUGUAUGCGACUAGUCAAAGAGUUUCCAAGGAAGCUGUAUUUUUUGCAGUCUUUUUAAAAAUCCUUACUGACAGCCAUUUCCCCCUUGUGACCAAGUUCUGUAGAUAAAAUCAUCUGUACCUAUGUAGAAAGAGGAGCCAGAAUAAAACCCCCUUCUUUUCACCCACAGGAUUGACUAUUAAUCUUUCAAGGCACUAUUUGUAGCAGUCAUAUAUAAUAUUUAUAUUUAAGGGUUUUUAUUAUCGUAAGUUGAGAAGAAACCUGUAUAUCCAACACAUGCUGGAAAGCAGCCUACCAUUCAGGAGACUAGCAUGGCUUCAGUGGCAGUAAGAAAUGCAGAGUUCCAGAUGAGGGAAACACUUUUAAUAGGGGACAUCAUCAGUACUGAGAAUUCAUCAGGUUUUUUUAAUUAUUGAGUCUCAUUAGUAUUGUAAUUGUUUCCCCCUCUUCGUUUGUUAUAUGCUGUUACAGGGAAGGUGAAACACAGAACUCCUAGAUGAAUAUCCUUGGAAUGAUCUCUUUAAACAAAUAAUGUAAAGUAGCUUUUUCAUUUUGUGGAUAAGGCCAAUUUUUUGUUUUUAUAGUUUUAUCUCAUUUUUAUGUAAUAUUAUUUGUCUCUUAUUUCUGUGUGAAUGACCACAAGAAACAACAAAGAUUAAAAUAAAUUAUACUCAAAGUGCUGUAAAGUGCACCAAAUAAAGAAACUUAAUAGUGGAAAAAUGUUUUAUUUCCAUUGUUUCUUUUAAAAAAUAGUUUAAUAAAAAAGAUAUAAGGACGAUUUAAAA